AUGACAACUGAGGAACAAAGUUAUAAUCGUUCAGAUAUUCGAUCAGAUGUUUCCUGGGGAAAUGAUCCAUGUCAACAACAGCAAUCAUCACGGCAAGUAAAAAGUCCGACCGUAAAAAUUAAUCCUAAUUUUAUUAUAGAAGGUCAAGGGUUUACACCUAAAUUAUCUUUUUAUAUUAAUAAUAAUGCAACCUUCUUGUCGUUAUACAAAUACAAUGAAUGGAGUACAAAAUCAUUCGAUUCUCGUUUGGAAAUCAUGUAUGAAGGAAGAGAUAAUGAUAAACAACCUAAAGAAUUAAGAACAGAAGCUUCUAAUUAUGAUAAUCCCGGAUAUCCUUCUUACGGAGGAAAUUUAUAUCAACGUAAACCAACUGAUGAAAGUACUUCUUAUUCUGAUGAUGAGGAUAAUCUAUUACUUGAACUUCACCUUUCUGAUAAGGAACUUCUUUCGUUAAAUAAGCCACUUGAAGAACAAAUUAAUGAACAAUCAUCUGAACUCGAAAACCUUUCAUCUUUGAAUUUAACUACUAAAUUAUUUGAGCAAGAAACUCAAAUUAAAACGAUUAAUGAUGACAAUGAAGAAAAUAAAAAGACAAAGGCGACAUUAUUUUAUGAUCCGAGAAAUCUUCCUCUUCAUACUUGCCAAGAAUUAUAUUUGAUAGAGUUACAAGAAACUUUUAUGAAAAAUCAAAGAUUAAAUUUAUGGAAAUUACUGCCGAAUAAAUAAAUAUUUUAUCUAUCUAUAUAGAAUAGUAGAAGUUAAAUUUGGAUUUUUUCUUUGUAAAGGACAUUUCUAAUACGUUGGCCGGUAUUUAGGUUUUUCGCUUAGUCCUAAUAAACUUCUCGUAAUGACGUAUAUUCAUUAAAGAUAUUAAUAAUAUUUUAGUCUAUGGCGGUCUAUUAAUUUAAUAAUAAAAGUAUUGCGUC